AUGCUGUCAAUUCAGCCCUCCAAACCUCAAAAAUGCACACCAAGCCUGCUCCCCGCGCGGAUAAACCACAACGGCCCUAUAAACGAUGCAGAACGAUACUGGAAGCCUGAGACAGAUGAAAAAGGAAAGCGACACGCAUACUUCCGAGGUCGACACCUACACGGCACUACGCUCCCCCUUCCUAAGAACUAUUCCGGCGCCAUCUUACACAUUACCGAUAAGCAAUUACCGCAAAGUCGAACACAACCACAAGAACAGUCUGUAGACGAGGACGACGAAGACGUCGAGGUAGAAGAGAGCAUACCUGUGGAAGUUAAAAUCGCGGAACAAAUAGGAGAAUUUGACCAAGUCGUUGUCUGGGGCCACGGAGGCGAGGUGGAUGAGGGCGGCGAUGCGUUUAUCAGGGGGAUGAAUGAAUGGGUUGGGUUUGCGGAGAGCAUGCAUGUCCAUGAAGAUGAAGAUGAGCAAGAUGGGGAUAUAAAGCCAGAGAAUAAGAGCGUCUAA